AUGGCACUGACUUUCCCAUUGAGUACCGUCUGGUUACUCCCACUGGUAAUUAUUGGGAGCCUCAUUUCUAAAUGGGUUUGCAGAGCUUUCUUCCAUCCUUUAUCCAACAUUCCCGGGCCGAAGAUCGCAGGAUGUACCUCACUCUGGCUCGCAUAUCACACCUAUAUCGGUGACGAGUGCACCGUCAUCUUUAACCUCCAUUGUAAAUAUGGCCCAAUACUGCGCGUCGGUCCCAAUGACGUUGAUAUUUCUAAUGCCGACGCUAUCGAACCGAUUUACGUUGCUCGGGGUGGAUUUCCAAAGUCUCCCGUUUACUCCAAAUUUGAUAUCGAAGGCCAUAAUACCAUUUUUUCCACAUUGACCCUUCCCGAGAGAGCAGCUAGAGCUAAGGCUAUCACAUCACUCUUUUCCACCGCCUCACUCCGACAGUCCGAGGCAAUCCUGUCCCAGGUGUUUGAUGAUUUUGUGGCCAAGCUUCAACGCGAAGCUAAAAAAGGAGAACCAGUCAAUGUGCUCAAUGUUUGUCGAUGUAUGGCCCUCGACGCCAUUAGUGUAUAUCUUUUCCAGCAUCGAUAUGGAGCCCUUGACGAGAACUCAGGGGUCAUGUCGGCAUCCCCCUUCGUUGACGCCUAUGUUGGCGUUGGGGCGUUUUUUAAUCUCGCUGGGAGGAUAGGAGACCUUGUCAUGGCAGUCUCAGAACAUAUGUCCACGGAAGUGACAAAAAAAGCAUUCGAUCUGAUCGACCGCUAUACGGCGGAGCUUGUGUCUGUCGCAACACCUAAAAGUGGGAGUUAUCAAAGCCGUCUUUUGGAGAAGCAGACACCGUUACAGUCGCAAAUCGAAGUCAAGGAUCUUUGCUUUGCCGGUACCGACUCCACCAGUAUGAACACCGCGACAAUCAUGUGGUACUUGUCCAAAUACCCCAAGAUAUACCAGCAACUCCGCGAAGAGAUCCAAAGCUGUGUUACGAGAGGAGAAGACCCGAUCGCCUGUAGCUAUCUUCGUGGGACGGUCAAAGAGGGGCUUCGAUUAUCAUGGGCCAACCCUAUCCGACUCCCACGAGCAGUGCCCACUGGAGGCUGGAACUAUCAUGAUUAUCAUUUUCCUACAGGGACUAGUGUUGGGGUUGCGUCUUUCCAACUCCACCAAAAUGCGCAAGUCUUCCCAGACCCACUCCGCUUCAUGCCGGAGCGAUGGCUCAAUCCCACCCAGCAGAUGCUGGAUCAUUUCUUUGCAUUCGGCAAGGGUUCUAGAGCAUGCAUCGCGCAGAAUCUGGGCACUCUGGAGGUUACCAUGGCGAUAUUCAGCAUAGUCAAGGCGGAUCUGCUGUGUGAUGCAAGGGUUGUCCAGAACAGGAUCCAGAUAAAACAGUGGUUCAAUUCACGGGUAGAAGGGGAAGAGAUUUUGAUUCAAUUGAGCCCUAAGCUAGUUGAUCCUAACUAG